GGAAAAGGAAAGAGAAAGAAGGAAGGGAGGGAAUCCAGAGAGAGGGAGCGGGAGAGAGAGGGAGCGGGAGAGAGAGGGAACGGUGGAGAAACUUAUUCACAGAAGAAGCCGAGAGAGUGAGAAGCAGAGUGUGAGAUUGAUGAAGAGUGUGAGAUUGAUGAAGAGCAGAGUGUGAGAUUGAUGAAGAGUGUGUGAAGACGUGCCUGCAGACGGAACGGUGGAGGCCUGAGAUUCCGUCUUGCCUUUGAGACUUCCGCAGCACACCAUGACUGACAACAGCACACAUCCCAUCAUGGACUUUCUGCAUGCGUUCGAUCUACGAGACCUGAUUGUGGCGUUCUGCAUGUCCAUGGUGGUGGGGCUGCUCCUGGGGGCGCUGGUCUACAUGCUGCUGACCUGGAAGGCCCGCCGGCGAGCCUCAGCAAGGAUCACGUGCCGCCACACUCGUCCCAGCCGCUCCACGACCCGGUCGGCGUCACCCCGCUCUCGUCAGGGGUUCCACCGCAGCAGCAGCGGCUACGAUCGCCGUAGCAACAACAGCCUGGCCAGUGCUGCUUUCAGCUUCCACCGGCAAGGCUCCUCCCCCGAGGUAGACCCUCUCGGCCACAAGCCCAGCUUCCGCGCUUCCACCUUCCACCCGCUGCUGCAGGUGAGCCAGAUCGCCCGCGAGGCGGAGGGGGUCAGCCAGACCACCCCCACCCCUGCUAGCACCACGUCCACCCCGCCCAACGCCAGCAAGCCCCGCCCAGACUCAUUCUGGGGAAACAGCAGCCUCAGAGGCGCCCCCACCUCCCCCACCCCCCCUCCCGCCUACGAGAGUGUCAUACGUGCCUACCAGGAGACCUGCACCUGACACACCUCUCUGCCACACGUCAUAUGCGCCUCCCACCUAUGCGACUGUCAUAGGCAGAAGACCUGUACCUGACACCCCCCGACAUUGUCAAACGCACCUCCCGUCUACUAGACCAUCAAACGCGCAUACCGGGAGGCCUGCACCUGACCCUCCAAGAGCGUCAUACCUGAAGGGCCAGCACACUGAUGCAGCCAGGCCAUGCUGGACCAAUCAGACCGCUUCAUUCAGAGGCUUCCAACAGCCCCUCUGCCCUAACCCUAACCCUCUGGAGUGUGUGUGCAUGAGUCUGCUGUAUGGGUGCCUUAGCUCUAGUGUGUGUGCAUGAGUCUGCUGUAUAGGUGCCUUAGCUCUAGUGUGUGUGCAUGAGUCUGCUGUAUGGGUGCCUUAGCUCUAGUGUGUAAGUGUGUGAGUAUCCUGCUGUAGAAUAGUGUGUGUGUAAGUGUGUGAGUAGCCUGCUGUAUGGGUGCCUUAGCUCUAGUGUGUAAGUGUGUGAGUAUCCUGCUGUAGAAUAGUGUGUGUGUAAGUGUGUGAGUAGCCUGCUGUAGAAUAGUGUGUGUGUAAG